CGUCUCCAAUCUCCAUCCCGUGAGCUCCUUUUUAUUCCUCGAGCAAUCGCCGACGGUGCCCUGCGAUGGCUCCAGUAGUUGCGAUCCUGCUCACCGCCGUCGUGGCUGUCGCGGCGUCGCUGCUUGCGCCGGCGGCGGCCGAGCUGACGCGGGUGGAGCACCCGCCCAAGUCCGAGGGGUCGCUCAGCAUCCUUGCCGUCGGUGACUGGGGGCGGCGCGGGCAGUUCAACCAGACCCUGGUUGCCGAGCAGAUGGGAUUGGUGGGGGAGAAGCUGGACAUCGACUUCGUCAUCUCCACCGGCGACAACAUCUACGACGACGGCAUCGCCAACACCAGCGACCCGCUCUUCAAGGAGUGCUUCACCAACAUCUACACCGCCCAGAGCCUCCAGAAGCCUUGGUACAUCGUCCUUGGCAACCAUGACUACACCGGCAACGCGCUGGCGCAGCAAGACCCCGCCAUCCGCGAAGUGGACAGCCGGUACCUCGCCAUUGCUAAGUCCUUCAUCGUCAACUCAGAAAUCGCGGACUUCUUCCUCGUCGACACGUCGCCGUUCUACCUCAAGUACUGGAACAGCAGCAAGUACGAUUGGAGAAACGUAGCUCCUCGCGACACCUACAUCGAAACCCUCCUCAAGGACCUGGACGACGCGCUGACGCAAUCCGAGGCGCCCUGGAAGAUCGUCGUCGGCCACCACCCCAUCAGCAGCGGCUGCGAGCAUGGGAACACCACUGAGCUCCAGCAGCUGCUCCGGCCCAUCCUCGAGGCGCGCGGUGUUGAUAUGUACGUGAACGGCCAUGACCACUGCCUCCAGCACAUCAGCAGCAGGAACAGCCCUGUUCAGUUUAUGACGAGCGGCGGCGGGUCCAAGGCAUGGGCAGGCAAGUUCAAGACCACCUCGGACAAGAUCGAGUUCAUCUACGACGGGCAGGGGUUCAUGUCGAUGCAGCUGAGCAAGACGGAGGCGCACCUCGUCUUCUACGACGUCGCCGGCAACGUCCUGCACACCUAUGACAGCACCAAGACCGAAGAUGAUGAGCACUAGCUACCUAGCUGGCUAGAUCCUAUUGAUUAAUUAAAUGUUUGUCUGAAUUAAUUGGGAAGCAGUUCGUGUGUGUGUGUGUAUGUGUUUGUUGUUGUGUAUGUGCAGAAGAGAAAAUUGUAUCUUCCGUGGAAUU